AUGGAGCAGUACCUCAGUGCCUGCUCCAAGACCGCCAAACUGGCUGCCAACAAAGCAGCCUCGGGCAGCCUGGCUGAGAGCAGUCAGCAAUGCGGAGAUGGGGCACACAAAGCCCGAAUUCCAGGGCUGGGAGCCGCUCAGCUACUAGAUCUUCCUCUUGGAGUCAAGCUGCCUGUGAUCCCAGGAACUGAUACUAUAUAUUUUACUACGAAUAUCGGUGAAAAGCUUUUUCGACCUUCCUAUGAUUUUAACCUGAGUGAUCCUUAUUGUCGACUUUUGGAAACCCAAUAUAAAAGUCUCCAUGAUCCACAUUUAAGAACAUACUAUAAGCGCAAAGAUAUUCUGAGAAGGCUAAAGAAAGGUGGCUACAUCACCAGCAAUAACAAAAUUGUAUGUAGCUUGAGGGAACUGAAUAAAUACAGGCAAUAUCUUACGAGCUUAAAAAUAGACUUUGAAAGAAACUAUGUAAGAGAACAGCAAUUGAUUACAAAACAGCUACAUAAACUGCAAGAAACCAGCCAGUAUCCUCACUGUUCUGAUGUCACACGGUUCCAGAACUGGUUGUUACAGGACAACACACAGUCUAUCAAGGACCAAGAGCGUUUGUUAAGACACAGGUAUCUGGAUAUGAUCAGUAGAGAGUUAGAACAGCUUGACCGCACCGCAGAAGAGCAGCGCCUGCUCCGCAUGGACAGAGAAGAGCGACGGCAGCGGGAAUACACAAGAAAAAAACUUAAUCUUCGUAGAAAAAUUGAAGAGGAAUGGAAGACAAAGGAGAUGCUGCUGCUCUCGAAGAUCGGAGAAGAUGUCAAGAGAGAGCAGAGGGUGGAGGAACAGAGGCGCAGAAGCCGAGAAGAGAGUGACAGAAAGAAACAAGCAAUGUUAGAGAAAAAAAUGGCUUAUCAUUUACAAAAAAUGCAGGAUACUGGCAUUAAAGAUGACAUGGGAAGAAAUGCGUUUGAAUAUAAAGGACAAAAUGGAACUGCUAAUGAAUCUACUAUGAAGAAGAAAAAGAAGCAGUUUGAUGAUAUAAAAAUAGUUUAUCCUGAUGGUGACCAGGAAUCAUUAAAAGGAACAUCAGGACAAGUAUCAACUGUUGUUAAUCAGUCUCAGAGUAGUUCAAAGAACGUUACAAAAAUAUCAGGAUCUUCAGUUGCGUAUCAGACAGGGAUACAGAACAGUAGCUCAGAACAAAAGACAAAUGGAGUAACAAAAACAAUAAGCGAUGACAGAGUUCCUGUAAACACAUCAGAUAGAAAUUCAGUUAUUUCAGCUCAAAAUUCACCCACAAAGACUAAUAGACUUUCACAUGCAUCUUUGUGUCUUCAAAAAGAAGAGCAACAUAUGAAAGGUGAUUGGAGUGGAAAGCCAAACAAGAAAUCAAGUUACGUUGGUGAACCAGGAUCUCAGGGUGGUGCUCCACCCCCGGGUAUUUUUUCUUCUCCUGUUUACUCGAAUAUGCAGCAAAAUCUCCAAAAUUGCUUGCAAAAUAAAGUAACUUCUGAAGAAUUAAAUAGCAUAAUUCAAAAUAUAAUGACAUGGGUUGUAGCUACAGUAACCAGUAUAUUAUAUCCAGCCAUCACAAAAUAUGAAGAAAGAGUGCAGAGUAAUAAUUAUCCAGUGUCUGAUGACUCAGACCUUUCUUCGGAUAGUUCAAGUUUCUGUAGUACAUGCAGUGAGGGCUUCACAUACAGAAGCUACAUACCUAAAGCAUUUCAAACAAAUCCAUGUGUAUUUGCUGGGGACAGGCCAGUGAAGAAACCACCCACACCUUUGAAACCUCCUUCUGCACAUGUGGAAAGAAGAGUUAUUGACACAAAAUAUCAAGUGAGAGAACAAUCUAUAUCUUCACAAGUCAAUUACAAUAAAACCAGCUUGGAAUAUCCAUUUCCUAAGAUUGGAAGUAGUAAAUCUGAUAGUCACCUUUUAACAACAUUAGAAACAAACAUCAAAAAAUCUAAAGAUGUUACCACAGAAACAGAUAGUUUAGAGAUUCCAUUGCUAUAUGACAAAAAGGCAAAGGCCAUUGAUCAGAUGAAAAAUUUAAAGAAUGUUUUUGUAAACUUUAAAUGUCACUUGAAAGGAGAAACACAAAUUAUUUUAGAAAGUAUUUUUCAAGAAAUAAUGUCUGACUUAACCCAGGCCAUUCCUUCUCUUUCUUCUGUGACUGCUGAAGUUUUUGUUGACCAAUGUGAUACAGAGAGAGAAGACUUGCUCUCAAAUAUUGACAUAUGCUCAGUAGCUUCAGAGAUUGUGGAAAAUAUGCUGGAGAAACUGGAGUCCUCUGUUGAGAAAAAAUGUAUGCAGAUGUUUUCACAGGAAGAUUUGACAGUUGAUAUUAAAACAAGUUUCUCAGGUAGUACUGAAUAUUUCUCAUCCUUAGAUACAAAACCUUCAGAAGAUACACUGACUUCUACCUUGGAGCCAAUGUGUGAUAUUGCUGAUGAUAUGGUACAUGCCAUUUUAGAGAAAUUGAUGACUGUUGCAUCUUAUAAGAAAAGUGAACUUCCUCUGGAAGACACAACUAAACAUUUCCACCAACAAAUUAAGACAGAGCCAAUUUUUGAUAAAUUUCGUCAAAAACAUGACCAAAAGAAAUCUAGCCCUGAAUCUGAUGCUGCUAAUCUAAUUGUGAAAGAAGAAAUGCAAAACUUAAUAUCAAAUAUUUUUUCACAGUCUUCUCUAGUUGGUUAUGUAGAAGAAGCAAUAAGCACUAUAUUAGGCUAUGUACAAACUGAACUUAAUAAUGAGAGACUAAUUGCAUCUGAAGAAACAGUAGUACUUCUUCAGCUACUGGAUGACAUUUUAACUCAACUUCACCAGGGGCCAGCAAAAGCAGGUGUUAAAAAACAUAGACAACCUCGAGUAAGAAAUCUUCCUGAUGCUGAAGAAAAGUAUAGGCUCACUAGCACUGGUUCAUUUAGUGGUCUUAGAACUAAAAGACCAUUUCCUCCUGUUAAUGUCCCAGGCAUGGUUAUUUAUUCUGAAGAUGAUGAUGAAGAAAUAGAUAACCUUGUGAGAAGUGUGCUUGAUUCAUCCUUCAGUGAUGAGAAAAUAAAACCACAAGAGCAAUUUAUUCAUUGGCCUACAAGGAGAGACACUUGUUUUGAACCCAAAAGGAGCAAUAACCUACCAACAAAACCUACUACUCAAACCAAAGUUGGAUCUCAUGACUGCAGAAAGUUGAAGUUAUCUCUUAGUAGUGAAGACAUUAUGAAGACAACACAUUGCUUGACUAAUGAUGCUUCAAUUUUCAGCCAAGAUCAAAAGCAUCAAAUACAAAAGGCUUCAGAAAACAUAGUUCAACACAUUUUAACAGAAAUGCUCAAGGAUAUGUCUUCUGUUUCAUCUCAUCACCCAGGAAACAAAAUUGGUGAAGAAACCUCUGGUUUCGUCUCAGAAAAAUCUCAAGGAUUAUCAGAUCAAGAAUGGAUGGAAGAGAUGUUUUCUGUGAAAGAAAUUUGUGCAUUUGCACACGAAAUAACUGAUUCUGUGAUAAAUAUACUUCACAAGGCCUCAAAGUGCAUUCCUAGUACCAUUAAAAAUGCCAUUUCAUCAGGUCAUCAAACUCGUCUAGAUCAUUCUGAUACUCCCCAAACAACCAAAGAAAUACCAAGUAAAAUGCCAUUCAAAGUGUGGUUUGACAGUGAAAAGAAAAUGAAAUAUUUAUCUUCACUUAACAUAGAGCUUGAAAAAACUUCCAUGUUAAGAUCUCAAGAAUGUGAACCUAAGUGUGUAAAUGAUAUUACUGAUAACAUCAUUAAUACAAUUUUUAAAAGUCUGAAGUUAUUUGUUUGUCCAAAAUUAAAGCCAGGCAAAAAAAUUUCACUCAUUGGGAAAUCAUUGCAUUCUCAACUUAGUACUUACACAAUGAAAAUAGUCAACAUUGUUUUAGAUGCUAUACAGAAUGAACUAGAAUUCACCAAGAUAAACCCAAAUCCUAAGGAGACAGAUCAUACCAAGUGUCAUACAAGCAAAGGGUUGUUUGCUGAUUCCAAUGAAGCAGUAGACUCGAAUGUCAUCAGUGUCAAUGACAUUAUGGAAAGUCCAUUACUGACAUGUAUUUGUGAAAUGAUAUCAAGUACAAAUGAAGAUCAAACAAAUACUUCAUCCUCUACAGAUAAGGCAGUUUCUACAGUGUUAUGUGGGUCUGAAAAUGCUAAUAAACAAAACAUUUUGCCAAGCAAACAGGAUAAAAAUUCUUUUCGACAAUAUUUGGCUACACCUUGUAUUCACCACAGUGUCAUUAAAGGAAAGAAUUUGAAAGAUAGCUCCAAGUUGCAGGUGUUAGAUCGAAUUGGAGAAAUGCUGUAUGAAAUGUUAAGCAAACUCACAGGUUCCCACCCUGAUUCUCAGCCAACUAGUAGUCAGCAAAAUAUAGAGAAGUUACAUAAGGAUCCUCCAACACUAUCUAAUGUUCAGCUCAUUUCCAAAGCAAUUCUGGAAUAUGUCCUUGCAAAACUAUGUGAUAUUGAUAUAGAUACCAGCAUUGUAAAUUCUGGAUUGAAAACUCUCUCAGAGUCACUUGACAUUGACAACCUAUCAUUUGCUUCAACUAUGGAGGAAAUGGCCAAAUGCACCGACAUCAUCUCUAAUAUAAUUUCCAAAAUUAUGAUGGAUAAUAAAGAGACUACCAAAAAUAAAGCAAAAAGUGAUCUCUCAGUGUCUCCCAAAACAGGGAACUCAAAAGAAAUGAGCCCAAAUAAACUAAAAACUAUUGCUUCAGAUAUUCUUAACAUGGUUUUUGCUAAACUGGAACUAUUUGCCAGUGGAAAUGUAGAAAAUAUUGGUUCUCUUAAUGAUGAAAGUAAAACAGAGAAUAAAAUGGAUUGGGAAUGUGAAAACGAAAAUUCUCCCACAGAUUCACAUGAUAAAUCAUUGCUGUCUACUUUAUACACUCACGCAAAGAAGGUAUCAAGUGGUAUUUUGAAAGCUAUUCAAACAGAAUUAAAUAUUAACCCAUCAGAUUAUAAUAAAAAUACAAAAAACUCAUCACAAGAGACACAAAUGUUUACAAAUAUAAUUGAUUUAAUUUUAGAUAUAGUAUCUUCAGAUAUGUUUGUUGAACCUGAAUCUGAGCACAGAGACAUUGAAAAUUAUCGCUAUCGACCAAUUUAUGGAAAUUUUCUUCCUGGAGGAGCUGAAUCGGGGUCAUUUCUAGAUGAUGACACACAAAAUAAAGAAUUCAUUGGAGAUAGAACAUCACCCACAGAAGAAACUAGAACCUUUUCUACUGACCAGUGGGUUCUAGAAAGAACCUUGAACAAAAUUGAAGUAAAACUCAAAGAACCACACAAAUCUCCAAUUGUUCCUAUUAUAAGAAAUAUUUUGAAUGAAAUUUUUCAAAGUGCUUUAAUCAAUCAAUUAAAUGUUGUUUCUCUCUCACACUCUCAUUUUAGUAGUAUGCCUUGUAAUGUCCCUGUGUCAACUACUCAAACGUCUGCUCAAUUUAUGGAUCCUUUGAUGGGCCCUUUAGUGUCUGACACAGAUGUAACUAAGGUGGUGAAUGAUGUUGUUAGGACCGUAUUUCACAAACUGUAUUCAGCUGCUACAACAGAAAAACAUGAAAGUGGAAACAGAUGUGAAACAAUCAUCUUAUCAACCAAUGUUUCUUUUUGUGAGCAUACCUAUGCAGGAAACGGACCUGUAAGUGUCUUAAAUGGAAAUCCAUGUGGCAUUCAGUCGAGCUGGAAUGUUGACAAACAGACAAAAAUAAAUGUAGUUGAAGAUAUCAUGCAGGCAAUAUUAGAAAAUUUAGAAACUUUUGCUGCUUCCAAAGUAGAAUCUCUCUUUCAUCCCCAAGUCGGUUUCAGAGUUCCAUUGACUUUGCCAGUACAGCAGGAAGGGGCAACAUUAAGCAAAGCAUUGUCAGGCAAAGACUCAUAUUCUGAUAAGCAAUUUCCCUGUUGUUCAGUGGAUUAUAGCAACCCAGGAAAGAUGGAUUUAUGGUGCCAACUGUCCUUGUCCAAAUUAAAUAUUUAUGCAAAAGAAGUGGCUAGGAAAAUUUUACAAGGCAUCAAGCAUGAGUUAGAUAAAAAACAAGAGAGUCUGCCCCUGACAAAUAACAUUGUGGUUCCCGAGAAUAUUGCAAGUCAGGUUGUUAGCACAGUGCUCGAUAUUGUGUCAAGCAAAAGCAAGUGUGACGAAAACAGUUGUGACAAAGAUAAUUAUUCAGAACAGCAAGAUGGUAUUAUUGAAAGGCUAGUCAAUAAGACAGAAUACCGGAAAACACUUGAGUUUAAAAUUCAAGAUACCAUUGAAGGUAUCUUAUGUGAUAUUUAUAAAAAUAUCAUGUAUCCGAAUAAUCUCUCAUUUACCACACCCACUCUGCAAUAUAGUAUACCUAGCAAACACUCAGAAGCAAAUUUACAACAAGUUGUUGUGGGUACAAAUAUUAUCCCGAAAGUGUCAGUUCCUAAAACAGAUGUGAUUUUGGUGUCCAAAGAUAUAGUGGAUAUUGUGCUUCAUAACCUUACUUCUUUGGUCAUGCUUGCCAUAAAGGCUAAAGAUUCUACUUCCUCAAGUUUGGCCUUCUAUGAUAUGUUUCCAAAAUCUCAGUGCCAACAGCCUCUUUUUAUAACACAAAGAACUGAGGAACAACCAGGGCAUUUUUCACAUUCAAACAUGAAUUUAGCUUAUGCUGAUGUUUAUCAGAUGCCUGUGAAGAGAAAUGAAGACACCAGGGAACCUGCAUCUGACCCAUGCGAGGAAAACGCCAACUUCAUUACUAAAACUAUUUUCAAUCGGUUACAGUCUUUUGCCACAGAAAGAAUAAAUUCAUUAAUGACUUCCACCUUUCAGUCUAAUAAUGAAAAUGUAUUUAUUAGCCCAGAAUUUGAAAAUAGUAAACAAGAUGACAGCAAUUUUCAUGAAUCGGGUCAAGUUGAAUCUGAUGUGAACAUCCUAAAAUUAUCAACAACCAAAACAGAUCCUAGCCAAGAGCUUGCAAAACCCGUUUUUGCCAGUUGCAGGGAAAAUCUCGGAACCACAGUCCAUUUAUCACAAACUAGCCUUAAGCACUAUGCUGAUUUCAUUGCCAGUGCUAUUUUGAAGCUUAUUAAAAAUGAUUUAGACUUAGAAAUACAAAGUAAGCACACAUAUUCAAACAACAUUUUAUUUCAAAAAAAUAUUGUGAGUGAAAUUGUUAAUAGUAUCUUAAAUAUUCUGUGCAAUAAAGGAUCUGAAAAGGAAUUUUUUUUAUCCUCCCCAGAGAAUUCUAGCUGCUCACAGUUAACCAUAUCAAAUGAAGUUUUGCUGGGAUACCAAGAGAGGGAAAAAACUACCUCAUUAUCACAUUAUGACCCUUUAGAAGAAAACCAAACAACACUGGAAAAGGAAAGCCAGAGAGUUGUUUUGGAAGAAAUAUUUUUGAAGAAAGGAGGAUCAAAACCAAGAGAAAAAAAUGAAAUAUUCAGUGCAGUAGAAGAGGUUUUGAAGAAGGUGAGUCAAAACAUAAUGGAAAUCACAGGCCACUUGCUCCCAUUUAAUGAAAUCCCCUACAUUGUGUCUAAAUCUAAGAGUAAAACAUCAGCUAUAGCACAGAAGAAAUUCUUUCAGUCUUAUAUUAACAACACAUCAAAUGAUAUACUUGAAAAUAUUUUGGGAGAAAUGCACUCUGUGGUUGUGACAUCAUUGUACAAAAAAACUAAAUGCAGGAGAGAGGUGGAAAUGUAUGAUAACAAUGAUACCUCAUCAGUAAAACCACCAUGCUUUAGGGAAAAUAAGCCAGCAAGAAAAAGAAGUAAUCCCCCUAGACUUGGGGUACCACAAAUGCAUCAUAAUGCUGACAAUUUAAAUGCUCUUGUGUUAGAAAACACUUUUUUGCCUUAUUUACCAUUGCAGAUUGGAAGAUAUUUAGUUCAAAUAGUUCUUGAUAAAUUGUCAAAUUUUGUUUCCCUUCAUCUUGAAGAGAGAUUUCCCCCUGAAGGUAGUUAUGAUGACAUGUACCUUCUUAGACUACAUAAUUCUAAACUGAGCCCUAAGAACAGCCCUAGGCCAGGAUGUAAAACAAGUUUAAAAGCAAGAUCAAAAAUUACCUCUCUCUCUAAAUUUAAAACAAAACCACAUCUAGGCAUUAGUGGUACUAAGUCCAAAAGCAAGACCAAGUUCGGUGCUGGAGAGAAGAUCCCAAGGGAAAACCGAUCCAAAACUGCCAUUGGGCUGCCACAAACUCUACCAAAAGAGGAUGCCAAAACCCUACUGAAAACAAAACUGCCAGCUUCAGAAUUAAGAAUUUAUGCCAAGAACAUAAUAACUGAUAUUUUAGAAAUAAUUGUGAAAGAACUUGAAAGAGUGGCACAAAAUAGAGCCAUGUUAAGUAUGAAAACUUUACCAUCUGAUCAAAUACUGGAAGCAAGUAAAAUUGUUAGUGCGGUGUUGCAAGAAUUGUAUGCUACAAACAACCACAAUUUGGCUUCUCCAAUUAAUGUCUCAAAUCUGGGUGAUCUUCGCAUAUCAAAGCAGAAUCUGGGUGCAGGUUCCCCUACUGAGCAGCAGGCAUGUUUUUACCUUGAGAAUGUUUCCUCACAGCUAGAACAGAUUUUUCCUAAAGAAGGUAUAUUUAAAAAAAUGUUUGACAAAUGGCAAGCAGAAACAAGUGACACAGAAAAUGAAAAGUCUAAACUUUUAACUAUAGCUGAAACCAUUUUGACUGAAAUUUCAAUUAAAGUGAAGGAUUUGGAGUAUUCACUUUCACUUUUAAAUUUACCAUCACUUGAAGAUUGUGGAAACAGAUUAUAUGAUCGCUUUAAAGAUGGAUCUACCAGAGCUGAAGAUACAAAGGCACAAAUCAAUAUGUUUGGACGGGAAAUUGUUGAAAUGCUAUUUGAAAAAUUGCAGCUGUGCUUCUUGUCUCAGAUGCCUAUUCAAGACAGUAAGGGAAUGCUAACAAAUAAGAAAGAAUAUGGUGCUGCUAAAAGUAAGCACAGUGUUCCAAGCAAGCACAUCCUCAGUGGUGUGCAGACCUGUAACAUGAAGAAAAAAGACCAGGUGUCUAUGAGCCCUAGCAACCAAAUUGUGCAGGAGAUUGUACAAAGAGUCUUAAACAUGUUAGAGUCAUUUGUGGACUUGAAGUUUAAGCAUAUCUCUAAAUAUGAAUUUUCUGAAAUAGUGAAAAUGCCUAUAGACAAUCUCUUUCAAGUGCAACAGAGGCAAUUAAGCAAAAAAAUGUUGCCAAAGUUACAACCAUUUAGAAAGUUUGGUGAUGAACCCAAGUCAAGUACUAGUAUAUCCAAGGAAAAUAUACAGAACACGCUCCUACAGGUUCAUUCAUUCCAUUCAGAAUUACUUACAUAUUCUGUCACUACUGUCAGUGAUAUGCUUAGUAUAAUCAAGAAUAAGCUAGACAAAGAAAUAAGCCAAAUGGAACCAUAUCCAGUUAGCAUACUGAAAGAGAAUAUUGCUGCAAGUGAGAUCAUUGGUACACUGAUAGACCAAUGUACUCAUUUUAGUGAGUCUUUGAUCGCAAAGCUUCCAAACAAAAAUUAUUUCAAAAGAACUGAGAAUGUUUACAUUGUUAACCAGGUUGAGUUUGCAUCUCAUGUGAAAAUGCCUCCAUCAAGGAUGAGAAACACUAGUGUGAGAAGUAAUACUCCACAAAGGAGUGUGUCUGGCUUGACGUUUAAUUCAGAGGAUGAUACAAAAGAUAAAUAUGGGAUCACAUCCAAUUCACCCUCACACAUCAGUUCCUGUGUUGAAAACAAUAUUAAAAGCUCAGAGCCAUUGGGAAGGCCCAAUUCAAAAGCUAUGCCAUCAUGUUCUAGAAACAAAGCACAAGACCAGAGUCAAAGGAAAUCAAACUUUGGACUUUAUGAGGAAGCCACAAAAGGUAACAGUUCUCUUCCUGAAGGCAGUAUGUUACAAAAAUUGUUUAAGAAAUCAAAUGAUUCCACAGAAGAAUCACUAAAACAAGUCAUGUCAUUCAUAGGAAUGGGAAAAGGUGAAAAUCCAAGGGUUUUUCACUAUGAGACCACCAAACCAAUUGAGCCAACUGAAAUUAAUACAAAUGCUUCCCCACUCAAAAUAUGUUUAGCUGCAGAUAAUAUUGUUAACACAGUACUGUCCUGCUAUGGCUUUCCCCAUCAGCCACACCCAGACGAAAGCCUGGAGACCAUGAAACCAUUUUUUAUGCCAGGGCAAAAUCCUUCGUCUGUGGUAAAUGAAGAAGAAAAGAAUGAGAAAAAUUUGCUCAGAAUGUGGCGUAAACGAAUGACCUCUAUAAAUGAAGAAAAAAGUGAAGGCUUUGAAGCCUGCCAAGAGGAUUUUUCUUUAUUACACAAAUGGAAAAAUAAAAACUCCAAAAUGACAGCGGAGACUUUGGAGGAAACUGACACAAUUGCCUUUGCUGAUCAUGAACUGGGUCCAAAUGAAAUGCAUUUGUUGGCAAGACAUGUUACUACAUCUGUGAUCACACAUUUGAAGAAUGCCGUAGCUGCAGUUUCAACUGAGGAGUUGUCUCAUGUUUCUUCACUCCAAAAGAAAAGUUAUGACUCAAAACAGCCUCUCAAAAGCAUAUAUAGUAAUUCUUCAAUGUAUCAGUUUUGUGAACAUCUCUCUGAAUCAGUCAUCUACUACUUAAUUUUAAACAUUUCUGAUGGCACCAAAGAGGGUAGCAAAGACAAAGCAUGGGAAAUCCAAAAAGCAAUCUCUAACAAAAAUAUAUCAAUACAUUCUCAAGUGUAUAAGAGCAGGUCUAUUUCCAUUGGAGAACUCGCUUUAAGUAUUGUUGAAGUUAUUAUUGAAAUUAUUUCUAAUGGCAACAUUAUAAUUGCUGACAAGGCACAUCAGACUCCCAUAAAAACUAAGUACAGGUUCUGUCCAAGCGUGACUUCUUCUGACUUUGAUGAUAUCUUUCAAGAUCUCUUAAAUGGAGUGAUUUUGGUAUUGUCCGAAGUACUAGGAAUAAAUCAUUUUGAAAAUAAUGUAAGAAACAAAUCAUAUUCUACAUUUAGAAAUAGUGUGCCCAUUUUCAACAAAGUCAAUACCACAGAAAGUCAGAUAGGCCCCAGGGACUGGGAAUCAUCUCCUCACCUAAUUGAUGCCCUUGCUCAAAGAAAUAAAUUAAAUUACCUAGCACAUAGGCUAAAUGGUCUGGUUGGUAACUUAAAAUCUCAUGAAUCCAAAGAAGUCAUCAAUGAAGUCUUUAAUAUUGUUUUAGAUUUAUUUUUACCAGAUGACUUCCCAGAAGGGGAUAUGUGUUCUGGUAAAUCAGCAAGGACAUUUUUUACCUCAAAUAAUCAACAAAGUAAUAGAAUACUUGCAAAUAAUCUAGGGCUUUCCCCCAAAUCAGUUUUUCUUCUCAAUAUUGUGUGUGAGAAACUUAUUAGAACACUUCUGGAAAAGUGCACGGGCACUGCAUUUCUUGAGGAUAGUUCUCUUUUUCGUGAAGUAGCAGAAGAAUGUCAACAUGUAAAAUUACUUCGAAGUGUUCAAGGUGGAGAUUUUGAUUAUUGUAAAGCACCAAUGAACUGUGAACAAUUUCAAGGAGAUUACAUGUCAGACCUUUCAGAAAAUUUGGGAGACAUAGAUCAAGAUUUAUUAUCAUCAGACUGUAUACUUGAUGUUAUGUCCCACAGCUUGGUUAAAUCUUUGAUGGAUAAGCUAUCUCAUGGUUUUCAACAAGCUCCUUUUGAAAACAAAUGCCUGAACUACAGAACAAGAGAAAUACAACCUUUUUCCCCAGAAGCAAAAAGGCGAGAAUUAAUAGAAUUGGGACAAACUAAUGCCCAUGUAGGAUUCAUGAGCUAUGACAAUAAUUAUUUUACCAAGUCCUUGAAUAAUUCCAAAGCAACUAGCUUUAAAAUGCAAACACCAUUUGGCAAACAACAUAUAGUAAAACCUUUCUCUUUGCUACUUCCUGAAAGACAAGAAACCAGGGGAAUGAACAUAAGCUAUGUCUUUCAUAAGCCAUGUCAAAGAGGUGCAAAUGGUGGUGUUUAUUCAGCUACAUUUUUGGAGGACAUAAUCUCAGAAUUAUUUUUUAAGCUGUCUACAUCAUUGUGGAAGAAAAAUAUAAACAUCACUGAAACCUGCCUCAAUGAUAUAAAUACAUCACUUAUCAACAAUGUAGUGAAUGACUUAAAUAAUGCUCAAAUUACUGUUCUAAGGUAUCCUGAAGAAAGGCUGUAUUUUCCAUCAGCACAUAAAGGAUGUGUUACUAAGAUUGUUGAUUGCAUUUAUUAUGAUGUUUUACAGAAGUAUGAAUUUAAAGUAACCUGUGGUGGUAAUUUGCCAUAUGAUAAUACUUCAGUAGCUGCACAAAUGUCUAAUAGCAUAUUGUUAGAGAUUGUAGACUAUCAGCUUCCAUCUUGCUUCAAGGGAAAGCUCAGAUCAAAUUCAUAUCAUACUCUCAAUGCUGAAAUCAUACUGUAUAAACUUCAAAACAGUCUAAGAAAAUUUAUUUCUGAACCCAUAUCUUCAAAAGGUUAUAGCACCAUGUUACCACACUCAUUUUUAGAAUAUGCCGUCAGAAGACUUUUAGCUCAGCUUAUGCCCCUGCCUAUUAAGCCUUCAUCUUUAGAAAAACAAUGUUUAAUGACUUCAGAUUUUGAUGAAAUGUCCAACUGUAUAACAAAUAAGGUUAUGUCAGCCAUUUCAAAACAUAAAAUCUGGUUCACCAUCUAUGAUAAUCAAUGUCUCCACACAGAUAAAAACCUCCAAAAGAUGGUAGAUUCUGUUUACAGUAAUAUUAUACAAAUGUCUGGUUCUCUUGAUUUAAUACAGAGGAAUAUAAUCAACCGAAGUCCAAUUAUGAUUGAUCAAAUAGCCAGUUUCAUUAUCCAAGAGAUUAUUGAAAACCACCUUCGACCAUUUUUGUGUGGAGAGACUUUACCUCGCUCCAAAACUCCACUGGAUGAGGUGACAUACAUGGUCAAACAAGUUCUCAAUGAAGUUGUAGAGUCUCAAAAACUCCAGAAGCCAUCACCUUUACACAUUUACCCUGAUAAAUUUGUAGGAGAAAUUGUUACCAGAGUUUUAUCAAAGAUUUUUAGCCCUAAGCCUCAUACUAAUGUUGAGCUGGAAAAUAUGACCCAAAAAAUAAUAAACUCAGUGAAUAACCAUUUAGACAAAACCAAGAUUCCUAUUCUAUGUGAUAAGCAAUCAUCCUUUCCAUUUAGUGAUGCAGAUAUUGUAGAUGAACUUGUCACCUCAGUAUACAGAAAUGUUUUGAAGCAGCAUGGGCUAGAUCCUGACAUUGACGAGUCUGAAAAUGGUGAAGCUUUUGUGGAAAAUAUUGCCAAAUUAAUCAUAGCAGCUAUUUCAGACUACCUUCUUCACCCACUGUUUUCUGGUGAUUUGUCAGCUGCUCCCUGUUCUAAUUCAAUGGCUGAUGAUAUGGUUUAUGAUGUUCUUGGUAACAUUGAUAAUUCUACUAAGUCAAAGCAGAGUUUACCUCCAUAUAAUACAUUGCUACCAUAUACAUUUUUAGAAGAUAUGAUCAGAGAACUAUUAUCUAAAUUUUUUCCUUCUCCUAAAAUGGUUUUAAAUAUGACAUCUCCAAAAGAUAAAGGAGUAAAUUUCAAUGAAAUUGCUUCCAAUCUGAUCAGUGAUAUUAGGAGAAAAAUUUCCCAACAUGAAAUUAGAUUUUCAAAAGAUGAAGAUAAAACAAAGUCUUUUUACUCAGAAGAUGAUGUUUGCCAUCUUGUUGAUUCUGUUUUCACAAAUAUUUUAGAAAACUCCACUUCUCAAGAAUCAGUGGAACAAAAUAUCACAAAAACUAAUGAUGUUUUCAUUGAUAAAAUGGCAGGUUUUAUUAUUAAAUAUAUCUGUGAGCAGCAUCUUCAGCCAUUUGUAGAAAAAAGGCAAAUAUCUAAAUCACCAUGCAAAUGUUUUGAAGACAGACAGCCAUUAAUUUAUGCUAGUGCUUAUUCUUCAACUUUCUUGGAAGAUGUGGUCUCUGGGGUAGUGAGCAAAAUAUUUCACAGGGUGAUUGGCAUUGUACAAGUGGAGUCAACAAGAAAUUCAGAAGAUGUUUUGUUUGAUAAAGCUGAAAAUCUCAUAUAUUGGAUAACAGAGGAAUUUUCAAAAGCCCAGGUUAUAACUAUAGAGAAUGCUGAGAAACACUUGUGUUUUUCCCCAGUAGAGAGAGAUGUACUCAAAAAUAUUAUUGACACUGUGUACAGCAAAGUAUUAGAAGAAUAUGAAAUGGGAAUCAUGCCUGAUAAAGAUUUUCUAAGUGACACAAAGGCAUUGGCUGGCCGGAUAACCAAAAUCAUUCUGACUGAAAUUUUUGAUUUCCAAAUUCCACCAGCUCUUGUAGCAAAUCUGCCUUUACACUUACAUUCCAAACUUAGUCAAAAUGUUUUGGUAAAUGGAGUCCAUUAUGAAAUUAGCAAGUCAAGAUUCCGAAGACAAGCAUCAACAAUAUAUACUACUAUGCUCUCACAUAUUCAUUUAGAAAAAAUAGUCACUCAGCUUAUGUCUCAGAUAAGUCCAUCACAUUCCAGUGUAGAACAUUCUGGUACUCCACAAUCAGACUUAAGUAACACAGUCAUGAAGCUGAUAAAUGAAAUCAUGUCAAUAAUUUCAAAACAUGCAAUAUGUAUUGUAAAACAUGGAAAUGAAAAACAAAGUAUGAUUUCAGAAAAAGACAUACAGUCAAUGGUUGAUUCCAUUUAUGCUGAUCUUUCUCAUUCAAAUCUAUACCAGCAUCUUACAAAAGAUAAAAAAGGUAUAAGUAGAAUACCUGUUUCAAAAAUUGCGAGUUUUAUAAUAAAGGAGAUCUUCAAUCAUCAUCUAGAGUCAUUCUUAUCAGGAGAUACAAGUUUUCUUUCUGCUUCAGUUGCUCAACCUUGCAAGCAGAAGGCAACAAAACCUAAGCAAAGAGAAUUGUCUUUCAUUAUGAACUCAGCUAUCUUUUUGGAAGAAGUAAUUUCUGAGCUUUUAUGCAAAAUUCUUCAGACAUUCAUACAGGAUUCCUUGGCUACUGAAACUGCAGAGAAAGCAAUAACCCAAAUAAUGGAUAUUGUUACAACAUUAGUAAAAUCAAUUGUUUUAGAGUUCACUACAUCUGAGAUUUUACUUGCAGAAAAUUUGGAUGAUAGUCUUUGGUUUUCAGAGACAUAUAAAGAAAUGGUGCAAAAAACAGUCCACUCAGUUUAUGAAAAUAUAUUAGAUGAAUAUAAAUCACUGACUCAACUACACAGGACUAUACAAAAUGACACUACUUGUUUUGGAGGAAAAUUAUACCAUUUUCUACUGGAAGAAAUUUAUGAUUAUCAGGUACAGUCAUUAGUUUCAGGCGAAUUAAUGCCUUCUUCCUAUUCUUUCCCUCGAGCUGAAAAUAUCAUCAAAAAUGUGCUCAAUGUCACCUUGAAGGAUACCAAUGCCAUGCCAUCAUGCAUUACAGUGCUCCCCUGUUCUCUGAUAGAAAAUAUGAUUUACAAGCUUUUAGUUAAUAUCUUCCCUUCAGAUGAUACUACAAAUAAACUAACAGAAAAAGAGUUUGGGCCAGAUAAUGAUGACGAGUUCAUGGCUGCAGCUUCAAAACUAACUGAUGAAAUUAUAAAAGAAAUUUCUGAACAUGAGAUCAGAUUUGCCACUGCAGAGGAGAAUGAAGAUAGUAUGCACUUAGGAACUACUGAGAAUUUCAUUGAUUCUGUAUGUAAUAAUAUUUUGAAAAACUCUGAAUUCCAAGCAGAAGUACAGAAAGAUGAACACAAAAAGGGGGGUUCAUUUCUCAGUAAAAUAGCUGGUUUCAUUAUUAAAGCAAUCAUGGAUCAUCAUUUGCAACCAUUUUUAUAUGGUGAAGAUUCACCUUCUAGUAACUUACCAGAAUAUGGCCAUGAUUCUGUUGUUGCUAAGUCUGGGAAAGAAAAGGCACAGCCUUCUCUAUUUUCAGCUGCAUUUUUGGAAGAUGUAAUUGUUGACCUAGCUCAAAAAUUUUGUUCUUUUGCAACUCUUGCUGAAGAUUCUAGGAAAAAGGAUAUGCCAGAGGCAGAAAUUGUAAGCUUAGCUAUCAACUUUGCAAACUCUCUCAUACAGGAAUUUAGGAAAAAUAAAAUCAAAGUUUUACCACAUGCUGAAGAAAUAUUUUCUUUACCACCAAUUGGGAAGGAGACAGUUGAUGAGAUAUCUAAUUUUGUAUAUGAUCAGUUCAUAGAGAAAUUUGGAUCUGAUGGUAUUCAGAAAGAUGACACUGGUAACAUUGUUGUAGAAAUGGUUUCUUCUUUAGCACAGAAGGCAAUCUCCACAUUCAAGAUUCAGCCACUAUUUUCAGGAGACUGGUGCUCAACUUUCUUUUCAUUUCUAGAUCCGGAAAAUAUCACCCAAAGAGUUCAGCUCCUACCACAGAAAACAUCCAUGCAGAUUAGUAGACUCUUAAAGCAGAGCCAGCUUGCUCUGUCUGAAGACACAUCAAUGAAAAAAGAUGAUAUCCAUCAUCCAAUAAUUAACUCUAUAGCUACCUUCAUGAAAAGCAAUAUCAUCAACCUGAUGUCAAGAUCAACUACAGGUGUCACAGAUGCAAAGAAAGAUGAUGAUAAUAAACUGAAGUCUGCCACCCUAAAAUAUGAGAGUGCCUCAAGGGCUACUUCUCCAGCUGCCAGUGUGAAAAGUAAAGAUCCUCAGGUUCAACAUUUAAGUGACAAAUGUAAAAGUCAUGAAACUGGGAAAGAGAACUUAGUUCUAAUCAAUGAGCAGGGUCAGAUGAUUGAAAUAAUCACCCGUUUUGCAGUUUCUACUGUUAAUAACAGUUCGGAGAAGGAGGUACUUGAGUCAGAUUUCAUAACAGACAAUGAAAAGAAAAUUGACAGUGCUAGUCGAGGUCUAGUGAAAACAAAUGAGAAUCCCAAGAGUGGGAGUAAAGAGAACAUAACCAAAAAAUCUUUAACAAUAGCCCAACAGCCCGUCAAGGAAGAGAGGACACAGUCUGUAGCUAAAACAGAUAUAGAUGAGGAACUAUACACAGAAACUGAACGUGUUGAAAAUGUCAUUGAAAAUAUUUAUGACAAUGUUUUAAUAUCUUCUCAAGAGCCAUUGGAUUUUUCUAGACCAAUAUACAGCAAAAGCCUCCCAAGUGAUAAAGUUUUGGUUAAGCGUCAAGAUUCUGCACAGCCUGUUACAAUAAAGGAUUCAUCCCCAUCAGUUAACAGAGACAUCACUGCUAAAGAGAAAGCAAGUGAAGAAGCUGAAAUUAAAAGAAAAGAAGAGAAGAUUAAAAGACAGCCUAGUAAGACAGCCCAUCCACAGUCCUCAUCAGAAAGUGAACCUAGAAUUAUUCCUGCUAAGUUUCUAGAAGAUGUGAUCAUUGAAGUGGUGAACAAACUAAUAUUUACAUCUUCACCAGAAGCAGAAACGUGUAAUAGAACUCCAGAUGCAAGUGGUGACCAAAAUCAAGGUGAACUUUAUGACACAGCUAUGAAACUCAUCGAUUCAAUGUUGAAGGAGUUUUCAGAUGCAGAAAUUAAGGUAUUUAGGACAAAUAAGGGAAAUGAGAUUUCCUCACAAGCAAUCAAAGAUUCAUCAGCACAUAUGGUACCUCCUGGGCUUAAAGAAGCAACUACAGAGGAACCAUCUUCCAGCAUGAAUGUUAAAAAUGUGGAUAAAUUGACACAUGAGCAUAAAACAGAUGAACAAUCCUCUUCUGACAAGAUGCCCCCCAUAAAUAGAAUGCUAUCAAUUGAAAAAUCAAUUGUCAAUAAAAUCGUUCACUCUUGUGUUUGCGAUGUUUUAAAGGAAUGCACAUCUCAGGAGUCUGUUUGCAAGAACAUCAACAACAAUGGUGAAAAACUAGCAAAAAGGCUAACUAGCACAGUGAUAAAUGAAAUUUUUCAGCAUCAGCUUAACUUGAUAUUUUCUGAUGAGAUACCAGCUUCAGGAUGUGUGCCUCUGGAAUCAAAAGAUGUUGAGGAGAAGGUCCAAGAGGCAGUGCAAACAGCCAGUAAAGAAUGUAACACAGUUAGUAAAGAAUGUCAAACCUCAUCUCCAUACACCAUAAAGUUGCCUUUCAAAUUUUUAGAUGAUGUGAUUUCUGCUCUUUUAGCAAAAGUUUUUUCAAAACUAUCCAGUGUCAAAACAAAAAUAUCUCAACAAAAUUUGUUGAAACAACUUGACUUCCUUAAAGCGAGGUUAGUAAGUGCAGUUGCAGCAGAGAUUGCCAAAAACGAAGAUUUGAAUAUACAGUAUGUAGACUCUUUACAUCCAAAUGAUGAUGAAAUUAUUCAGCUCGUGGUUCAGACAAUUUAUAAUAAUCUUUUACCACAAUUUGGAUCACAGGAAACCAUACAAAAUUGUGUAGUUAGCGGAUGCAAAUUCCUUUCAAAUACCAUUGUUGAUUUAGUUCUUCGAGAAGUGGCUGGCAAUCAGUUGCAGAACUAUUUUGGCGGUGAGUUGACUCCAUAUCAGUGUGCAGAAGUUGACAAUGUUGUUGAAAAUAUCCUCACCAAUGUUGCCUUAACUACUCCAUCCCAGCCACCACGUCUUCGUAAACUGUCAUAUAAUAUAAUAGAAGCAAUUGCUGUAAAAUUCUUAUCAAAACUUUUAUUAUCUGUGUUUCCAAAAGUGCAUACAGAAAGAACUAAAUCUCAAGAAACUGAAAUGCAAAAAAUAGCCUCAAAAAUACUAAAAUCAAUCCAAGAAUGUUUUUCCAAAAGUAAGAUCAAAGUUGUACAACCUGCCAAGGAAUCAGAACCCGUGCCUGUAGCUGACAAUGCAACUAUUGACAAAGUAGUUAAUUCAGUUUAUGCCAAUCUUUUAAAACAAUCUGGCUCUCCUACAUCUGUAUUAGAAGAUUUAAUGGGUAAGAGUAGUGUCCUUUCUGACAUAAUAGGUUUGUCAAUGGUGAAGGAGAUUUCAAAAUCUGAAUUUCAACCUCAAGCAGAGGAAGAACUUUCGAGUUCAGAAUUAGCUCUAGAAGCUGUCAAAAUUAUGGAAAAGGUGGUGAAAAUUAUUGAUGAGCUAAAGUCCCAGGAAAAAUCUUCAUCCACAAAAGAUUUAAUGUUAGAUUCCAGAGUUUUAGAGGAAGCAUUGGCCUUAUUCUUGGCUAAACUAGUAAAGAAGCCUGGUGUUUCAAGCAAAGACACGGACGGCUUAACAAAGUCCGAGUUAAAUAAAAUUGCAUCUCAGUUGACAAAAUCUGUAACAGCUGAAAUUUCCAGGAGUAAUAUAAAUCUCAUGGAUUCUAAUCCUGAAGAACAAUCUUUAGCUUCAGAAAACAUUGAAAUGAUUUCUCAGGUUAUUGAGGCUGUUUACGAUAAUAUAAUAAACCAAUCUGGAACCCAUAAUGAGCCCUAUGAUAUAAAAUGUACAAAGAAGGCCUUCCCUAAGAAAGUGGCUAGCUUAAUUGUCAAUGGCAUUUCAAAUGUUCCAUUAUGUAGAGUUAGCACGAGUUCUUAUACUGCUGCUUUUGGAGAUCUAGACACAAAUCGAAUCAUUGAAAAGGCACAAAAGCAUGCUGCACAAAUGAACUCUGACUCUGAUAAAGAGUCGGAUGAUGCAUUAGAAGAUGAACUUCCCAUUAGAAUAAUUCCACAUGUUGGGAAUAAACCACUGAGAAUAGAUCCAAAUAUCAUCUCAGAACACUUAGCAGUUAUUUCUAUGAAGACUCAGCCUCUGGAGACACUUAAGAUGGACUGCAUAAAGAGAACUGGUUGUAGCAUAGCAGAGCUGAGAAGAGCUUCCAUAAGUGGAAAAGGUCACUCUUCUCCAGACGUGUCUGAAUUAGGAAAGAGACAGAAAGAAAGGCGCAUCUCAUUGGAUAGGACAGGACGACUGGAUGUAAAACCCUUAGAGGCUGUUGGUAGGAAUUCAUUUCAAAAUAUAAGAAGACCUGAUAUCACCAGAGUAGAGCUUUUGAAAGAUAUUAAUAACAAAAAAGAUCUGAUCAUUCGAUUAGUAGCUCAUGAUAUUAGUCAAAAAGUUUCAGAAAGUAGCUUCAGAGAGGACGCAAUUUCUGAUGAAGAGGAAAUUGUUUUAGGAGAAGUUGCUGGACAUCAGUGCUUAGGAGAAAUAUCUGGAGGUCAUGGUGAAGAAGUUGUGAAACCUCUAGGAACCAAGGUUGUUUCUCCAAAGACAACAAUGAGCACAAGCAGCUUGAGAAAGUUCUUAGCACUAAGCAAAUGCUGUCAGCCCACUUCUGGUGAAAAUAUUGAAAGUAUUGAAGCAUUUGGAAAUCAAGCUAUGAAAUUUAAGAAGACACAUGUUAAAAGAGCUGUUGCUGAGCUGGACAUGCCCUCUUCCAAAAGCUUAGCAGAAGGACUGUCUUCUAAGGACAAGUUCCAAUAUAAGAAAGAAGAAAGACUUGCUACUGAACCAACACAUUACUUCAUACACAGAAUUAUGAGUACUUCAUCAUACAACCAAGAAGACCUCCUUUCUGGUGAAGCAGAAGAGUUUAAACCAGAUCCAAAGGCUAAUGCACUAGAAGAAAGUUCUCAGAAACUACAAGCAGGAAACACAAGCAGUGUUCAGUUUGUCACCAUCUUUGAAGGAUCAAAAUGUAUGGCCAGCAGUAGUAAACAUCCCUCAAAGGAACACAUUUCAGAAACAUCCAGGAACACUAUUUCCAAGCAAGGAUCUAAAGUACUGGCAAAGGUAUCUUCAACUCUGUCAAAGGUGUUCUCCCGAUCUAGCGACAGUAUUCCAAAGUCGUCCUCACCACCCCACCAAGAUAAGCACUAG